GUCCUUCCAGCUCUUCAGGUCCAGUCUCAGAGAGCCAGAGCCGUUGUGCCGGCCGGGCCUGUAACCCUCGCAUGGGGAACCUCGCCUUGGGCCGAAGACUACUCACCCAGUCUGUGUGUGGAAGAAACUCCACUGAGCCCUACUGCCUCUACCAGCAGACGUUUAGUUCUACCCCUUCCUUCCACAAAGAGGCUUCCUGUCCAGCAGCACCCAAAUGCAGCAAGUGCAACGCAGCUCUCCCCCACCAGGCUCACCUGGCCUCUGCCAUGACCGAUUCCUCAUUCCGAUACCCAGAUACCUGGUGGCAGUCUGCAGAGGGGGUGGAGACAGAAACCCUCCAACUAAACCUGGAGACAGAGUUCUACUUUACUCAUCUCAUCCUGGUGUUCCGCUCCCCCCGGCCCGCUGUCAUGUUGCUGGAGCGUUCCCAGGACCACGGGAGGACCUGGAAGACCCUCAGGUACCAUCGAGGACCACUUUGGAAAUUACUGUUUUAAUUCAUGUGUUAUCCUCUGGGGUCAAAUAAACAUCUUGUUGAUGGAUGUAUUAAUUUCUACCCAGGUACUUUGCGAGGGACUGUGAGGACGCCUUCGGCCUGGCAGAGGAGGCUCGUGUGGGGGAGGAAGGAGAGAGUGGGGCGGCCUGCACCUCCAAAUACUCAGGAGCGUUCCCAUGUACCCGAGGAGAGGUGAGAGUUGUGUAUUGUGGGGUCUCUGAUUGCACUUACCUAUCCUCUUCAUGCCUGCUGACGCAUAUGGCAGAGACCUCUCCACUUCUGAUGGUCUAACGCCUGUUUGGCAGCCUGGCCCAAGCUUAGCUUUAGUUCCUUGUGGCUACUAAUAUUGUUGAGAGCCCAGGCAUACAGCAGUUGGACACAGGUGAAGGCAACGUCCAGCUGGGCGUUGUGGAUGCAGGGAAGAUGGAGGAGAGGACACAGGGGGUUGAAUGGAAUAGAACAGAGCUGAGGCAGAUUUCAAAGUGGCCCGUUCGAAACAACCUGUCAGACAUUCUCAACGCUUCACAGCGGUAAUGCACAACAUCUGUGCUACCUGAAUGUUUGCUGUGGUGCUCAAAGAUAUCAUAGCUGUUAUGUACUCACCUAACUGUGUGUGUGUGUGUGUGUGUGUGGCACAAGCGUUGAACAAACAGACUAAGCUGUGUGUUUAAAGUAAACAGAUCUAAAAGGAGGGGUUUUAGAUCGCAUUCUCAGCUGCACAAAGCCCAUGACGACAUCCAUCCAUGCAUGAAUAGAAUAUCAAUGUUCACCUCAUUCCUCUGAUGUUGCUCCAUGAGGUCUUUUUAGACAUGCCGUAUCAUCGGACAGAGGAAAGUUUGAGCCAGAGAGCAACAGGCAUCGUUGGUUUAUUCAUGAGCAUCAAGAUUUUCAUUCCUCAUCAGUCCUAGGGACUCCCAGCAAAGAUCUGCUUUCCUUUCACUGCUUCAAUGUAUCUGUAUGUCCAGCUGUUAUAUUUAGCCUCACAAUUAAGUGUUUUUCCAUUUUUAGGACAACCAGGGCUACAAGUAGAACACAAAACAAUUGGACAUAAACGGUUGUAUUCAUGAGUUAUAUUAACAAAUGUCAACAAUAGAAUAAGGUCCGCCAAGAAAAACCUAAUAAAAAAUGCUUUUAUGAGAAUGCUGUAAGUACAGAAAUGUUUUGCUCAGUGGGAAAUUAAUAUCUAACUAGUCAGUGACAACUAUGUGGAGUUUGUGACGGCAACUAUGUGAUCUUAUUACAGUAUCAUAGACACUAUGUCCUGGGAUUUCCUAUGAUCUUCUAUGUAGAAUAACCCCUUACCUUCUAAUGACUCAGUUUUAUAGACACUAUGUCCUGGGAUUUCCUAUGAUCUUCUAUGUAGAAUAACCCCUCACCUUCUAAUGACUCAGUAUUAUAGACACUAUGUCCUGGGAUUUCCUAUGAUCUUCUAUGUAGAAUAACCCCUUACCUUCUAAUGACUCAGUAUUAUAGACACUAUGUCCUGGGAUUUCCUAUGAUCUUCUAUGUAGAAUAACCCCUUACCUUCUAAUGACUCAGUAUUAUAGACACUAUGUCCUGGGAUUUCCUAUGAUCUUCUAUGUAGAAUAACCCCUUACCUUCUAAUGACUCAGUAUUAUAGACACUAUGUCCUGGGAUUUCCUAUGAUCUUCUAUGUAGAAUAACCCCUUACCUUCUAAUGACUCAGUAUUAUAGACACUAUGUCCUGGGAUUUCCUAUGAUCUUCUAUGUAGAAGAACCCCUUACCUUCUAACAACUCUUUAGUGACCUGUGAGUGUCAUAGAGCAAAACAGAUUACAUGUGCACAUUCGUGGGGUCAUAAUAGUUUGUAGCUCAAACCGUUCAGACUUUACAUUACUUUUUACGAGAAGAACCGUUUUCACGAUCCGCCCUUGACUCACAAACACCGCUCUAGCUCAGCCACCGCACAAAAGUCUGUAGCUCAAGCACACAAUGUUUAAAAGGGGUUGUAAGCCCUAAAUCAUGUCGGCCUGAUUGCGGGACUCAAAUAGAUGAGAUGAUGGGAGAGGGAGAGAGAGAGGGGGAGAGAGAAAGAUAGAGAGAGAGAUGGUGGAGAGAGAGUGAGAGAGGUAGGGAGAGAGAGAGAGAGAUGAGGGAGAGAGGUAGGGAGAGAGGUAGGGAAGAGAGGAGCGAGGAGAGAACUGAGAGAGUGGGAAGGGUCAGGGAGAGGUAUAGUGAGAGGAGAGAGCGAGCAGAGAGAUGAGGGAGAGGGUGGGAGGAGAUAGAGCGAGCGAGAGAUGGGGAGAGGUAGGGAGCGUUGGAUAAGAGAAUAUAUAGCGAGAGCUGCUCGAGGUAGGAGCGAUUCUACAGAGCACUCUUGAUGAGAGAGGUCUGUCGAGAGAGAGCUCUCUAUAGGCUAGCGUUGCGUAUGUGUAGAGCUCUCUCAUAGGAUAUUUGAAGAGGUUAUUAGAGAUGAUACGAGAGAGAGCAGAAUGUAUUUUGUUAAUGUUCCAAUAGGGCUCUGGACCAAGUUAGGACGGGAGAUGUUUAAAUGUCAUGAAUAUGAAAAGGGUUUAACUGAGCUCAUCAUAAUUGUAGUGUAUCUGCUAUGUGUUAGGCUGUGUCAGGUCAUGCUAUGUGUUAGGCUGUGUCAGGUCAUGCUAUGUGUUAGGCUGUGUCAGGUCAUGCUAUGUGUUAGGCUGUGUCAGGUCAUGCUAUGUGUUAGGCUGUGUCAGGUCAUGCUAUGCUGUGCCAGGUCAUGCUAUGUGUUGAGCUGUGUCAGGUCAUGCUAUGUGUUGAGCUGUGUCAGGUCAUGCUAUGCUGUGCCAGGUCAUGCUAUGUGUUGAGCUGUGUCAGGUCAUGCUAUGUGUUGAGCUGUGUCAGGUCAUGCUAUGUGUUGAGCUGUGUCAGGUCAUGCUAUGUGUUGAGCUGUGUCAGGUCAUGCUAUGUGUUAGUCUAUGCCAGGUCAUGCUAUGUGUUGAGCUGUGCCAGGUCAUGCUAUGUGUUAGUCUAUGCCAGGUCAUGCUAUGUGUUGAGCUGUGUCAGGUCAUGCUAUGUGUUAGUCUAUGCCAGGUCAUGCUAUGUGUUGAGCUGUGUCAGGUCAUGCUAUGCUGUGCCAGGUCAUGCUAUGUGUUAGUCUAUGCCAGGUCAUGCUAUGUGUUGAGCUGUGUCAGGUCAUGCUAUGUGUUAGUCUAUGCCAGGUCAUGCUAUGUGUUGAGCUGUGUCAGGUCAUGCUAUGUGUUGAGCUGUGUCAGGUCAUGCUAUGUGUUGAGGUGUGCCAGGUCAUGCUAUGUGUUGAGCUGUGUCAGGUCAUGCUAUGUGGUAGUCUAUGCCAGGUCAUGCUAUGUGUUGAGCUGUGCCAGGUCAUGCUAUGUGGUAGUCUAUGCCAGGUCAUGCUAUGUGUUAGGCUGUGUCAGGUCAUGCUAUGCUGUGCCAGGUCAUGCUAUGUGUUGAGCUGUGUCAGGUCAUGCUAUGUGUUGAGCUGUGUCAGGUCAUGCUAUGUGUUGAGGUGUGCCAGGUCAUGCUAUGUGUUGAGCUGUGUCAGGUCAUGCUAUGUGGUAGUCUAUGCCAGGUCAUGCUAUGUGUUAGGCUGUGUCAGGUCAUGCUAUGCUGUGCCAGGUCAUGCUAUGUGUUGAGCUGUGUCAGGUCAUGCUAUGUGUUGAGCUGUGUCAGGUCAUGCUAUGUGUGAAGACACAUGGGGGAAAGCCCCCCUGUUAUUCCCUGCCUACUAAGAGAGAAGUGUCUCGUGUAACAGAAGGUACUAGGUUCCAUAUUAAGAGAGAAGUGUCUGGGUGUAACAGAAGGUACUAGGUUCCAUGUAUUUGCUUUGCCAAAAUCCCUCACACAGAAAAGAGUGAGGUGGAGAGCCAUGGUGGAGGCCCUACGCUCCCAAGGGGGCCAAGAGGAUUAAGUCAAGAAAGUCAUCUAUUUGGUUUGGAGAGAGUUGCCUACACAGUGAGUCAGUGCGGGACAUCAUAAUAUCAAGCUGACAGACAUUAGAGAGAGAGAGAGAGAGAGAGAGAGAGAGAGAGAGAGAGAGAGAGAGAGAGAGAGAGAGAGAGAGAGGAGAGAGAGAGAGAGAGAGAGAGAGAAGAGAGAGAGAGAGAGAGAUAGAGAGAGAGAGAGAGAGAGAGAGAGAGAGAGUAGAGAGAGAGAGAGAGAGAGAGAGAGAGAGAGAGAGAAGGCACUCUCACAUAAUCUUAUGGCACUGUUUGAGCGUCAGCAAACAAGUGAUAUAGUCUCAUGUAGCUCAGUUGGUAGAGCAUGGCGCUUGCAACGCCAGGGUUGUGGGUUCGUUUCCCACGGGGGGCCAGUAUGAAAAAAUAAAAUAAUGUAUGCACUCACUAACUCUAAGUCGCUCUGGAUAAGAGCGUCUGCUAAAUGAUUAAAAUGUAAAUGUAAAUAUAUCCAAAAACAGGUUCAGUCCGGAUGAAAGCAUUCCAUUGUGCUGCUAACGAUUCUGUAAAGAUUCUAAUAAAUGUAAAAUUAAUUGACAUGGCUUUUUUACUGUAGGAUCGGAAAGAGGCUGAUGAGAGAGAGCAUGAAGGAUUGAGAAAGAGAUCUGACAAGGACCCCUGUCAGAGUAUUGACAUUGGCACCCCAGUCAGAUCUGCUGGGCCCUGAAUAACCCUCCUUAUUUCGGGGAGCAUGAAAGGCGAACCAGAUUGAUGCCCGUUUUCUAUUUUUCAGACCCAAAAGGAACAUGACAUGUUUUCUGUUUUUGUCACGGUCCUUCUCUGUAGCCACUAGGGAGAGUAGUCUUUUUCAGAAUGUUUUUGAGAAGUUUUAGAAUGCACAUAGGGUCAUAGGGUCAUAGGGUCAUAGGGUCAUACAGUUAUGACGUAAAUGUAAAGGGUUUCAGAUUGUCCCCUGGGUAGUCCUUUGAAAAGGAUUCUCUUGGUAUUCUCUUGAUAGAUCAAUCAACCACUCUCUCAUUGGAAGCUACAUCUACAUUUUACAAGUAAACAUUGUUAAGAAAGAAAGACCCACCCUAGAACAGACCGAGAGAUUGAGCCACUGAUGUUUUUUUUUGGCCGACCAUCUGCACAGACCAUCGACCCCUGGAUGGUCCUUUGAAAUGGGUUUUCCGAUUUUUUUUUAAAGACAAGCUGUGGUGAAACACCACGUUUAUUCUCUAUUGUCAGAUAAAUCAAUCAUCUCAUUGGCAAAUUAAUAAAUUCCUCUCAUUGCCAGUUACAUUGACAUUUAGCAUAUUAAACUGGACGAUGUCUUGAUCUUGUCAUGAAAAAUAAGUAUUUACAUGAUUGUAACAGAUACCUGUUGGUUGUAUUCUGGUUAUAUGAGAUCUUCUCAACCAGAAAACCAGUUUACAACUAGAAAACCAGUUUAUAACCACAUCCACAAAACCAGUUUACAACCAGAAAACCUGUUUAUAACCAGAAAACAACUUUAUUAAAAUGAAAUCUGCCAGAUUAUGCCUGCUGGGAACUCUGACCCACUCUUCUCCCCCCUCUAGGUGAUCUACCGCGCCCUGUCCCCCUGGCUCUCACUGGACCCCUACGGCCCAGCAGCCCACACCCAGUUGAUGGUCACCAACCUGCGGGUGCGUCUACUGCAGCGCCAGCCUUGCCCCUGCCAGGCUAAAGACCCAGAUACCCAGGCACUGCCCACAAACCAUUAUGCCAUCUAUGACUUCAUCGUCAAGGGCAGCUGCCUCUGCAAUGGGCACGCAGAGCACUGUGUGCAAGCCAAUGGGUACCGCCCCUUCAGGCAGAGGAUCAAUCACGUGGUGAGGAAGGAUGAAGAGCAGCACGAACAACCAAUCACAACUGACCACUUAUCUCUUAUCUUAGCGCUUCGGCGAAAGACUGCACUCGUCACGUCACGCUCUGUUACGAAACCCGUCGGGGAUGUUGUGUAUACGUGUGUUUGUGCUGUCGAAUGUUUGUGUGUACGGAGCGGCUUGUGUUUAUUCCUUUGUGUGUGUGUGUGUGUAUCUGUGAUUGUGUCAGGGUGUGUGUAAAUGUGUUAUUGUUUCUGGCACUCUCCGUUCCCACCACCCCUUGGUUCUAUGUCUGUGUAGUGGUGUUUUAAUGCGGAGGCUCUGGGCUUUACUGAAGACUCUAUAUUUACCCACAGAUUUACCUUCCAUUACAGGAUUAUAACUAUGAGGAAACCUUAAUUAUAGUGUAAAACGCCAUACAGUAGCUUAAACAUGUUUUUCCCACUGAAAGUAGAAAUGCCAGUGGAAUAACAUCAGCAUUUCUCGUAUAGUAAACACUGGAGGCUUUAGUCAAACAGUGGUGGGAAGAUAAUUAAGGCUGUUGCACACUGCACUGUGCAAUCCACAUUUACUGCAAAGAAGAAAAUACACUACUGGCUUGUCAGUUACAAUGACCACUGUUUUCAGUCUCUGCCCUCUGCUCCAGUCCUGCCGCAGGUCUAUGUUUUCAGUCUCUGCCCUCUGCUCCAAUCCUACAGCAGGUCCAUGUUUUCAGUCUCUGCCCUCUGCUCCAGUCCUACAGCAGGUCCAUGUUUUCAGUCUCUGCCCUCUGCUCCAGUCCUACUGCAGGUCCAUGUUUUCAGUCUCUGCCCUCUGCUCCAGUCCUGCCGCAGGUCCAUGUUUUCAGUCUCUGCCCUCUGCUCCAGUCCUACGGCAGGUCCAUGUUUUCAGUCUCUGCCCUCUGCUCUAGUCCUACUGCAGGUCCAUGUUUUCAGUCUCUGCCCUCUGCUCCAGUCCUACAGCAGGUCCAUGUUUUCAAUCUCUGUCCUCUGCUCCAGUCCUGCCGCAGGUCCAUGUUUUCAGUCUCUGCCCUCUGCUCCAAUCCUACAGCAAGUCCAUGUUUUCAGUCUCUGCCCUCUGCUCCAAUCCUACAGCAGGUCCAUGUUUUCAGUCUCUGCCCUCUGCUCCAGUCCUGCCGCAGGUCCAUGUUUUCAGUCUCUGCCCUCUGCUCCAGUCCUACAGCAGGUCCAUGUUUUCAGUCUCUGCCCUCUGCUCCAGUCCUGCCGCAGGUCCAUGUUUUCAGUCUCUGCCCUCUGCUCCAGUCCUACAGCAGGUCCAUGGGAUGUGUGUGUGUGACUGUAACCGUAAUCCAGUAAAACAUACAUAAUACACUGCUCUCUCCCCUGCGGCAGGUCCAUGGGAGGUGUGUGUGUAGACACAACACUGCCGGCGACCACUGUGAGCGCUGUGCUCCCCUCUACAACGACCAGCCUUGGCAAGCUGCCAACGGCAUCAUAGGAGCACCUCAUGAAUGCAAGAGUGAGUCUUACAAGGCCAGGAAGGUCAACCGGCAGAACCACGUACACAACAAGUACAUUACCCGAUACACACAGCCGGAGGUCUUUAUUAGUAUUAGUAGUAGUAGUUGUACUCAUGUAUUAUUAAACAGGUAUAUUCUCUUUUUGCCAUUCAAUGCUCUCAUCUGUCUUUUGUUGUUGUUGUUGAAACACUCACAUUCAGAAAUGAACCCCUUGAUGCAAAUGUUAAUGACACCUAGGAUCUUUACUGUAGCUUUGAGAGAAAGGAAGCAAUGGGAAAACAGAAAUGCUUUUAGGGUGGUAUUCUGACUUGAGAUCGUGGGAGACUUGAGUCUCCCAUUGACGUCAAUAAUGAUUUACAUGAAAGUCAGAGUUGUGCGCGCUUAUCUUAACUCUGAUUUAGGCGCUUACUCUUUCUUUUACAGAGUGCAAGUGUAACGGACAUGCAGAUAGCUGUCACUUUGACCGUGGUGUGUGGCUGGCAUCGGGACGGCGUCGUGGGGGUGUGUGUGGCGUCUGCCGCCACAACACAGAGGGCAGACACUGCCAGAGCUGCAGCAGAGGGUUCUACAGACACCCCAGCAGACCUAGCUCAGCCCCUGACUCCUGCACACGUAAGAGAAACAAGACAUAUCCUCCGUCUGUCCCUGUUAUGAUUUGUUAGUUGUUUGUUAACCCUAACCCUCAGCCCGCGACUCCUGCACACAUGAGAGAGAAAGUGAAUUAUUUGUACCUCUGUUCCCUGCUAUCUGAAUGAUUUGAACUCUGAUCCCCUCUGUUCCCUGCUAUCUGAAGGAUUUGUACUUUUGUUCCCUGUUAUCUGAAUGAUUUGACCUCUGUUCCCUGCUAUCUGAAUGAUUUGACCUCUGUUCUCCUCUGUUCCCUGCUAUCUGAAUUAUUUGACCUCUGUUCCCCUCUGUUCCCUGCUAUCUGAAUGAUUUGACCUCUGAUCCCUGUUAUCUGAAUGAGUUGACCUCGGUUUCCUGCUAUCUGAAUGAUUUGACCUCUGUUCUCUGCUAUCUGAAAGAUUUGACCUCUGUUUACCGCUAUCUGAAUGAUUUGUUACUACGCUAUUUCUAUGGCCUGACAUGGGUUGUCAUGGAUUGUCAUCGGCGACUGCCUCCUUGUUGACGAUGAUAGUAUCCUUUGUGAUGGUAUCAACCUCUCCCUCCCUCUGUUAUGUCUGACUUGUUGUUACUAUGUUGUUACUAUGUUGUAACUAUGAACAACAAACUAGCAACAUAGUAACAACGUAGUAACAACAAGUCAGACAUAACAGAGGGAGAAUAGAAAGGUUGCUAGUUCGAAACAGUCGCUGUUAAUGGCUGACCCUGGCCGUGACCCCACUCUCAGAGGGUGUCUCAGGGGGAGUUGGGAUAUGCAACAACAACAACCCCAAAUAGGACAUAUAUAAGCAGCCAUCAAGGUUAGUUGUGCCCAUUGUCAGUUCUAACAUGAUGUCUAUAUAGAACCACUACGAUCACAAUUCCAACUAUGGUAUUAUCAACUUACAGUGCAUUCGGAAAGUAUUCAGACCCGUUGACUUUUUCCACAUGUUGUUACGUUACAGCCUGAUUCUAAAAUCGACACACAAUACCCCAUAAUGACGAAGCAAAAACAGGUUUUACGAAAAUAAAUACAAAUUUAUUCAGACCCUUUACUCAGUACUUGGUUGAAGCACCUUUGGCAGCGAUUACAGCCUUGAGUCUUCUUGGGUAUGACGCUACAAGCUUGGCACGCCUGUAUUUGUGGAGUUUCUCCCAUUCUUCUCUGCAGAUCCUCUCAAGCUCUGUCAGGUUGGAUGAGGAGCGUCGCUGUCCCGAAGCCACUCCUGCCUUGUCUUGGCUGUGUGCUUAGGGUCGUUGUCCUGUUGGAAGGUGAACCUUCGCCCCAGUCUGAGGUCCUGAGCGCUCUGGAGCAGGUUUUCAUCAAGGAUCUCUCUGUACUUUGCUCCGUUCAUCUUUGCCUCGAUCCUGACUAGUCUCCCAGUCCCCGCCAUUGAAAAACAUCCCCACAGCAUGAUGCUGCCACCACCAUGCUUCACUGUAGGGAUGGUGGCAGGUAUCCUCCAGACGUGACGCUUGGCAUUCAGACCAAAGAGUUCAAUCUUGGUUUCAUCAGACCAGAGAAUCUUGUUUCUCAUGGUCUGAGAGUCUUUAAGUGCCUUUUGGCAAACUUCAAGCGGCCUGUCAUGUGCCUUUUACUGAGGAGUGGCUUCCGUCUGGCCACUCUACCAUAACGGCCUGAUUGGUGGAGUGCUGCAGAGAUGGUUGUCCUUCUGGAAGGUUCUCCCAUCUCCACAGAGGAACUCUGGAGCUCUGUCAGAGUGACCAUCGUGUUCUUGGUCACCUCCCUGACCAAGGCCCUUCUCCCCCGAUUGCUCAGUUUAUUCGGGCGGCCAGCUCUAGGAAGAGUCUUGGUGGUUCCAAACUUCUUCCAUUUAAGAAUGAUGGAGGCCACUGUUUUCUUGGGGACCUUCAAUGCUGCAGAAAUUGUUUGGUACCCUUCCCAGAACUGUGCCUCGACACAAUCCUGUCUUGGAGCUCUACGGACAAUUCCUUCGAUGUCAUGGCUUGGUUUUUGCUCUGACAUGCACUGUCAACUGUGGGACCUUCUAUAGACAGGUGUGUACCUUUGCAAAUCAUGUCCAAUCAAUUGAAUUUACCACAGGUGGACUCCAAUCAAGUUGUAGAAACAUCUCGAGGAUGAUCAAUGGAAACAGGAUGCACCUGAGCUCAAUUUCGAGUCUCAUAGCAGAGGGUCUGAAUACUUAUGUAAAUAGAGGUAUUGCCGUUUUUUAUAUUUAAUACAUUUGCAGAAAUUGCAAAAAAACUGUUUUCGCUUUGUCAUUAUGGGGUAUUGUAAACAAUACUGAUUCCUUGAGUCCUUUUCAGUGUAGGACUAGAAGAUUAACAACAUCUUUGGGGAAUGUGACAGUAAUUGCAAACAAUGGACGAGUUUCCCAUGCUCCAUGCGAGGCACAUUUUUCCCAUUCCUGUCCCUUUUCCCCAGGCAUGCUCGUUCGCUUCAGCAUUUUAAAGAACAAACACAGUGUGUUUGAGAGAAAGGGAAACACAAGUGUGCACACACAUACACACAUACACACAUGCACAUAUACACAUUCACACACACACACACACACACACACACACACAUACACAUACACACACACACACACACACACACAUACACCACACCACAACAUCACAACAACACCCACAACAAACACACACACAAACAACACACACACAUACAAAACACCACACACAACACACACACACAUACCAACACACAACACACACAAAACACAACACAACACACACCACACAACACACACACACACAUCACAACAACACACACAAACCACACACAACACACACACACCACAACACAACACCACACACACACACACCAACAACACAUCACACAUCACACACAUACACACACACACACCACACACACACACACACACACACACAUACACAAAAACACAACACACACACAAUAACACACACAUAACACAUACACACAUACACACACAACACACGCACUCCACACAUACUACACACACACAUCACACAUCACACACACACACAGUCACACACAAUACAACACACUACAACAUACACACACACAUACAUACAUCACACACACACCACACACACACACCAACAACACACACACCACACAACUACCACACACAACACACACACACACACACACACCACACACACACACACACACACAACACACACACACACACACAUAAUACACACACACCUUCAUUAGAGGAGUCCAUCAACCAGUGAAAAUGACAGUGUGGUUGGAGAAUGAUUUACAUUUUUUUUUUUUUACAGUAGUGUGUUUUGACAGUAGUGUGUGUGUGUGUGUGUGUGUGUGUGUGUGUGUGUGUGUGUGUGUGUGUGUGUGUGUGUGUGUGUGUAGUGGGGUGGGUAUGUGUGUUGUGGAAUGUGGUGUAUGUUGUGUCUGUGAAUGUGUGUUGUAUGUGUGUUGUAUGUGGGUGUGUAUGUGUGUGUGUAUGCGUGUAUGUGUGUGUGUAUGUGGUGUGUAUGUGUGUGUGUGUGUGUGUAUGUGUGUGAUAUCCUCAGGGUUAAAUACAUACUCCCUCCCGUCCUGUCCUGUCGCCGUCCCGCCAGUUAUGUAAUCCUGAAAAAAAAUACUUUGUUUUUCUAGUGUAUAGGGAGUGUACAAUAUGUAUGUAUGUGUGUGUGUGUGUGUUCAUGUGUGUGUGUUCAUGUGAGUGUGUGUUUGUGCUGUUGUUUUGUCUAGGACGUAUGCUAUGGAAUGGACGGAGAGCAGAUUUUCUGAAUAAGUCAACAAACCUAUUCCGAAGGCAACACUAUAAAGACAUGAAUAACUGAGUUCCGUAUGUUGGAUACAAUUGUAGUAAUGUGCUAAUACUCCCUCUCUGAUCUGUUCUGUUCUGUUUGUCCCUCUUCUUACCCCAUACCUGCAGCAUGCGCCUGCCACCCUGUAGGGUCUAUACCCGCGCUCUCAGGUGGCGAGGCCCUCUGUAACCCUAGCAAUGGGGCGUGCACCUGCAGACCGGGCGUGGGCGGUCCUCUCUGUGGCAGAUGCAUUGUAGGGUUCUGGGGCUUCCAUGGUUACGGGUGCAGACCGUGUGACUGUGCAAGGGGGGACUGUGACCCCUACACUGGGGACUGCUUGUCUGGGUGAGUGUCUAUGGAUUCAUACAGUAGGAUGCGUCCCAAAUAGCACCUUAUUCCCUAUCGGCCCUGUUCAAAUGUGCACGAUAUAGUGAAUAGGGUGCCAUUUGGGAUGCACACAUUUGCAUAUUCAAUAGUGAUUUUAGUAUAUAUAACUAACCUGAAAGUCUCUCAUUGACAACAAUGAAUAAUUAAUCAGACGCUUAUCCCAACCCUGAAUCGGACCCUUAGUUGAAGUAGUCUUGUCUACCCAGACGGCUCUCUCUGUGGUAGCGAUUGAGCCUGGGGACGACGUUAUUAAAAGAGUAGUCUUUAUCUUAAUACAAGUAAAGUAUGUAGAGGUGUAUUCAUUGAUUGUAUGGCUAGCAGUGCUAUGUAUGACCAGAGUUUUCUCUGUGUUGUGAUGUGAUGUGUUGUGAUGUGUUGUGAUGUGAUGUGUUGUGAUGUGCUGUGGUGGGUUGUGAUGUGUUGUGAUGUGUUGUGAUGUGAUGUGUUGUGAUGUGCUGUGGUGGGUUGUGUUGUGAUGUGUUGUGAUGUGUUGUGAUGUGUUGUGUUACAGCUCAGAUCUGGACGUGUACUAUACAGGAGGUGACAGCCACAUACACAGAGGACCCAGCAGUAGUGAGCCAGGAGCACUGUUCAGGGUGGAGGAGCUGUUCUCUGCACUGCACCACUCUGGUGAGUCAUGGGUCAUUACACACAAAAGCAUGGGCACGCAUGUACACACGCACACAUGAAAGAAAGCAGACACACUCACUCACACACACACACACACACACACACACACAUCUAUAAACACACACACACGGACAUAUAAUGUAUAUGCGAAUGUACAUGUUCUCUCUUUUCCUGUCUUUCCAGAGAAAUGUCAGUGUAAGGAGAUGACUAUUGGCAGCCCCAAACUCUUCUGUGCCAACAAGUAUGACUACGGUAGGUGGGACAUACAGUAAUAUUAAGAAAGAUACACGUUGGGAAAGAGUGGGAAAAGUUCCUGGGAAAACAAUAAUAAUUAUUAUCCAUGCAUGCUAAAAGCCACGUCUUCAUUUGUCUCCUGUGGAUCCACCUGGUGUUGUAAUCCUCUUUGUCUGAGAACUCUACAAGAUAUGAAAAGACUCUUAAACAAUAGGAGAACAUAAAGCAGAGUUGGCUUUAGAUGAAAAGGAGAUGUUUGAGGUUAACCACUCCUAUGUUAGCCAACUCCCUUGGGCCUGCUAGCAUAACAACGAGCAUAGAAGUUGGCUAUAGAGCACGAACACAUCUGGGACCAGGCUGUAGUGAACGAUGCCAGCAGAAUUGAACAGGAAAUCCCCCCCAACUGUUUGCACUGGCAAUUGAACCGCUUGCAGAAAGAAUUAGAAAGGACCCAAACGUAACAGGUAAUAAAUUAAACUUAUUUGCAGAUGAUCUACUGGCAAGAUGGCGCCGACAGACAUGUCAGCUCUGCUUCUAGCUCCUAAGCAACUUUGCAGUAUUUUGUUUUUUUUGUGUGUUAUUUCUUACAUGGUGUCCACAUCACCAACAAACUAUCAUGGUCCAAACCCACCAAGACAGUCGUGAAGAGGGCACGACAAAGCCUAUUCCCCCUUAGGAGACUGAAAAGAUUUGGCAUGGGUCCUCAGAUCCUCAAAAAGUUAUACAGCUGCACCAUCGAGAACAUCCUGACUGGUUGCAUCACUGCCUGGUAUGGCAACUGCUCGGCCUCCGACCGCAAGGCACUACAGAGGGUAGUGCGUACUGCCCAGUACAUCACUGGGGCCAAGCUUCCUGCCAUCCAGGACCUCUAUACCAGCCGGUGUCAGAGGAAGGCCCUAAAAAACAGCUUCUACCCCCAAGCCAUAGAACUCCUGAACAGCUAAUCAUGGCUACCCGGACUAUUUGCAUUGUCCCCCCCCCCCCCCCCCCCUCUUUUACGCUACUGCUACUCUGUUUAUUAUCUAUGCAUAGUCACUUUAACUCUACCCCCAUGUACAUAUUACCUCAAUUACCUCGACUAACCUGUGCCCCCUCACAUUGACUCUGUACCGGUACCCCCUGUAUAUAGCCUCCCUACUGUUAUUUUAUUUUACUGCUACUCUUUAAUUAUGUUUUAUUUGUAUUUUUUACUUAUCUAUUUUUUACUUAAGACUUUUUUUCUUAAAACUGCAUUGUUGGUUAAGGGCUUGUAAGUAAGCAUUUCACUGUAAGGUCUACACCUGUUGUAUUCGGCGCAUGUGGCAAAUACAAUUUUAUUUUAUUUUAUUAUUAGCCCAGAACGUUUUUUGUGUUAUUACAUACAGCUGGAAAUAACUUUUAGAUAUCAGAGCGACGGUAACUCACCAGCAUUACGACCAGGAAUAUGACUUUCCCAAAUUGGAUCCUUUGUUCGUACCCCCCAGGGCAAUUUAACUUAUCCCAGAGGCUGCUCCAAGACGCUGCCGGCGGAGAAGAGGUAUUCGGAGUGGACUUCUAGUCCGACUCAGGAGGCGUGCACACCAUCCACCGCUUCCGAGUAUAUUACUCGGUAAUGUUCAGUCUCUGGACAAUGAAGUAGACGAGCUCAGGGCGAGGAUGUCCUUCCAGAGAGACAUCAGGGACUGUAAUAUACUCUGUUUCACGGAAUCAUGGCUCUCUCCGGAUAUACUGUCCCCAUCCAUACAGCCAGCUGGGUUCUCAGUACAUUGCGCAGACAGGAAUAAAGAACUCUCCGGGAAGAAGAAAGGCGUUGGUGUAUGUUUCAUGAUUAACUACUCAUGGUGUGAUUGUGAUAACGUACAGAAACUCAAGUCCUUUUGUUCACCCGACCUAGAGUACCUCACAAUCAAAUGCAGACAGUAUUACCUCUCAAGGAAAUUCUCUUUGUUUAUAUUCCCCCUCAAGCCGAUACCACGACGGCCCUCAAGGAACUACACUGGACAUUGUGCAAACUGGAAACCACAUAUCCUGAGGCUGCAUUUAUUGUAGCUGGGGAUUUUAACAAAGCAAAUUUGAGGAAAAGGCUACCAAAGUUCUACCAACACAUUGACUGUAGUACUCGCACUGCUGAAACGCUCUACCACUGCUACUCCCCCUUCCAGGAUACCUACAAGGCCCUCCCCCGCCCUCCCUUCAGCAAAUCAGAUCACGACUCCAUUUUGCUCCUCCCUUCCUACAGGCAGAAACUCAAACAGGAAGUACCCGUGGUAAGGUCUAUUCAAUGCUGGUCUGACCAAUCAGAAUCCAUGCUUCAAGUUUGUUUUGAUCACGCGGACUGGGAUAUGUUCCGGGAUGCCUCUGAGAAUAACAUUGACGUAUACACGGACAUGGUGACUGAGUUCAUCAGGAAGUGUAUAGGGGAUGUUGUUGUGCAGCAUUCGCGCAAAACUGAAAGCGUGAACCACCGCAUUUAACCAUCGCAAGGUGACUGGGAAUAUGGUCAAAUACAAACAGUGUAGUUAUUCCCUCCGUAAGGCAAUUAAACAGGCAAAACGUACAGAGAAAAAGUGGAGUCGCAAUUCAAAUGCUCAGACACGAGACAUAUGUGGCAGGGUCUACAGACAAUCAUGGAUUACAAAGGGAAAACCAGCCACGUUGUGGACACCGACGUCUUGCUUCCGGACAAGCUAAACACCUUCUUCGCCCGCUUUGAGGAUAACACAGUGCCACCGACGCGGCCCGCUCCCAAGGACUGUGGGCUCUCGUUCUCCGUGGCCGACGUGAGUAAGACAUUUAAGCGUGUUAACCCUCGCAAGGCUGCCAGCCCAGACGGCAUCCCUAGCCGCGUCCUCAGAGCUGGCCAAAAAGAUCAUCAAGGACAUCAACCACCCGAGCCACGGCCUGUUCACCCCGCUACCAUCCAGAAGGCGAGGUCAGUACAGGUGCAUCAAAGCUGGGACUGAGAGACUGAAAAACAGCUUAUAUCUCAAGGCCAUCAAGACUGUUAAAUAGCCAUCACUAGCCGGCUACCACCCGGUUACUCAACCCUGCACCUUAGAGGCUGCUGCCCUAUACACAUAGACAUGGAAUCACUGGUCACUUUAAUAAUGGAACACUAGUCACUUUAAUAAUGUUUACAUACUGCUUUACUCAUUUCAUAUGUAUAUUCUGUAUUAUAAACUGGGUGGUUCGAGCCCUGAAUGCUGAUUAGCUGAAAGCCGUGGUAUAUCAGACCGUAUACCAUGGGUAUGACAAACAUUUAUUUAAAUUGCUCUAAUUAUGUUGGUAACCAGUUUCAUAAUAGCAGUAAGGCACCUCAGGGGUUUGUGAUAUAUGGCCAAUAUACCACGGCUAAGGGCUGUGUCCUAGCACUCUGCGCUGCGUCGUGCAUAAGAACAGCCCUUAGCCGUGGUAUAUUGGCCAUAUACCACACCCCCUCGGGCCUUAUUGCUUAAUUCUAUUCUACUGUAUUUUAGUCAAUGCCACUCCGACAUUGCUCGUCCGAAUAUUUAUAUAUUUCUUAAUUCCAUUCUUUUACUUUUAGAUUUGUGCGAAUUGUUGUGAAUUGUUAGAUACUACUGCACUGUUGGAGCUAGGAACACAAGCAUUUCACUACCACCCGCAAUAACAUCUCCUAAAUAUGUGUAUGUGACCAAUAAAAUUUGAUUUGAUUUGAUAUACCUGACCAAUAUUGAAAACUCAAUGACCCCUUUGCUAAAAAUAUUUUCUGAAUACUCAAAAAUCUCAGGAUAUAAAAUGAACGCGGAAAAACCCCUGAAAUAAUAACAAUAAGAAUAGAAUCAUAGAAUAAUAUGCAAUUUAUCCAGAGCUACAGAGGACCACAUAGUGGCAAUAGGAAAAAUAAAACAAUUACUCACGAUCUACACCAAUCUUUAAGUGGACCACCAUUUUUUUUGGAAAUCCUUAGGAUGCUAAAUAAGUGACAACAAACAACACAUAUAUAAAGAAGAUAACUUUAUCCCAUUACUCAACAAUAUGAAAACAGAUCUAAUUAAAUGGAAUAAUCGUCCCAUAAGUCUUACAGGUAGAAUCAAUCUGUUUGGAAUGGUGUGGCUGCUAAAGGGUUUAUAUUUGUUCUCGGUAAUACCAAUUACACCACCGAAGACAUUCUUUAAAAAAGUAUACUCGGUCAAAGCAGACUUUAUUUGGCCAAAUAAAAGUCAUAGAAUAAAAAGGAAGGUUUUCCAUCUUCCUGAGUCUGAGGGGUGGUUUUAACCUUCCAGACUUGGAAUUGUAUCAACUCGCCACCCAAGGCUUUUACCUGAGACAUGGGUACAUAUUGAAGAUGCACAUGCUCAUCCCCAGAAACGAUUGGAACCAAGACUUAAAAAUAACUGAUGUUGGCUCUCAAUUAAUCCGCCAUCAUUAACACAAUGGAAAAAUCGAAUGAUUUGUUAUUUAAAUGUUUAAAGUGUGUGGGCUACUGAGAGAAACCAAAUGGUGCAGUUUGAGGGCAUGUGGUGGAGACUGAUGCGGGCGCUGGAGAUGGCGGUGUGUGCUAGUGGGUCUGGGCAGGGGUGAUGUAGUUGAUGUUUGUAUGACGUUGUCAUUUGUAUGUGUAUGUUUUGUAUUGUUUAUAAAAUAUAAAAUAAAAUCGUACAAAAAUAAUAAUAAUAAUAAUAAUACAGAAUGCUAACAGGAAAUGCUAACAGGAAAUGCUAACACACUGCAUGUUUCAGACAGUAGUAGAUGGGGCCAGCAGAAUUGAAAAGGGGUUGAUGCCAACAGUAUUGAGAUUGAUUGAUCAGAUGGUGUGACUGUGUGUGUGUGUUCUGUCCACAGUGCUGAUGGUGAGGAUCAUGGCGGCCCAUGAUCAGGGCUCCCAUGCUGAGGUGGAGGUCAAGGUAAAGAAGGUCCUGUACCACGACAGCAAGGUGAAGAUCCAGAAAGGUCACAUCACCCUCUACCCAGAAUCCUGGACCAGGCGGGGGUGCACCUGCCCCCUCCUCAACCCAGGUGAGCUCUUACGUUUUGGCCAGGCAACUGGACCAUGACUGCUUCCUGCCCAAUAGUUAUUUUCUCUGACGUCUGUCGAUGCAUACCUGCUUCGUUUGGCCCUCACACACUAGACAUAUGUACAUUAGAUACCUCACUGCAACCUUCAUCUGUUUCACUAUAGCAUUCUAUGAUUUUCUUUUAACAGUAUGCCGAUUUAAAGCCUGGCUAAUGAUCCUCUCUAUCGGUGUCCAUUAUCAGUCAAUUGACUGAAUGUAAAUGGAAUUGACCCUGCUCCCUCUAUUCUCCUCCCCCAGGAUCAGAGUACCUGGUGGGGGGCCACGAGGACUGGAGGACGGGUCGUCUGCUGGUGAACACCAAGAGCCUGGUCAAACCCUGGAGGCCCAGCCUGGAACACAAGCUCCUGCACCUCCUCAACAAGCACUGUAGCUCCUCCUCCUCCUCUCCAAGAAAGACUGCAGCAGAGAGACUGCAGAACGCACACGUCUUUAGUCUGCAGACGGAAGAC